GGGUAGUCGCUAACAAACUAGUACUCACUGGCGACUCACGUGCGAGUGUGUUCAUACAGUUGGGCGAGGUACUCGAAUACAGUAUUGUUGUUGUGUACAAGGUGUUGAAUAAAACUUUGGCAGCCUGCCAGUGCUCAGUCAAGCGAAGGUCGUGAAGAGUGCGGAAGUGUUGGAAUUCGAGUGUCCAAACGAGCCCUUACUUGCCAAAAUUAGAAUUUUAUUAUAUCGUUUUGUUUGGUGUCGAUUGCUGCGUCAGUAAGACAGAUAGGGGACGCCGACCGUGGCGGCACGGCAAGUGAAGUGUGAUGGUGUGAAGGAUGCAUUUACCGUACGAGUCCCGAGGCCGUCGGCGGCGUGAGAUGGCUGAGCUGGAACCUUGGUGGCUGCAGUCCAUCGUUGAUGAGACUCUAGCCGAGUACCCUGAUCUAGUAAGAACGGGCAGUCCAGACUACAUGUGCUCAAUGCUGCCUCAACACUGGAGGUCGAACAAGACCCUACCGGGAGGGUUCAAGGUCGUGGCCCUAGGUGAAGUUCUCGACGGUACCCUGGUCACUGUCAGGGCUGGCAACGACGAGAACUGCUCCGCGGAACUUAGAAACAAUUCGGCGGUGAUGAAGAAUAGGGUUGCCAAGUUUAAUGACUUGAGGUUCGUCGGGAGAAGCGGGAGAGGGAAAAGCUUCUCCUUAACAAUAACAAUAUCAACGAACCCACCUCAAGUAUGCACCUACCAAAAAGCCAUCAAAGUCACUGUUGAUGGACCUCGGGAGCCACGCUCCAAAACUAGUACAAAUGCGUCGCCGCACCAAAUCCGGUCCUUCGGCCUGCAGCGAUCCCUAAUCACGUGUGACAGCGCGUCCCUAGCUCUGCGAGAGAUGGACUAUAAGACCUCCUCUGUGAGGAGCCUCCGGUCCCUCUCCCAUGAGGAACGAGAGUACAAGACUAACGCCAACCUGCCUGCUGGAGAAACCAGCGGGAAUAUCCUGGGAGCAAGCGAAUGGAACACGGGGUACCCUUCAACGGCUUCCAUGUACCCUGCGUACGCGCCGCUACAACCACCUUAUUACAAACCAGAUCCUACUAUACAUAUACCUGCAGUGUUACCUGAAAUCCCGCUUGGCCAUACAGAGUACACUGGCUUCCAACCAACCACGACAGGCUUCGUGAAAGGCAGUCCAAGCAGCACAGGAGCUGCGCUCACCGAGCUCAACUCACCUCCAGCGAUGCCGGCACAGCGAUACGACGCCAACUACUACAACUCGUGGCCAAACAACACCUACAACUACAAUAACUAUCAAUAUAAUAGCAUUAACAACAAUCCAACCUGCAUACAGUCACACGCACCGUACAACCCCCAGAUGAUCCUCCCGAACCUUUACUCUACAGUCAACCAAAACCAAAUACAUGUCCAUCUACACAGUUCUGGAGAUAAGCACAACAUAGAACAAUGUUUUCCCAGCGAAAUUAAAAUCAGCGAUAUAGACGGGGGCAUCUCUAUAACCACGGAGCUACAGGGAGCUGGCGAGGCCAGUGGUAUGGUCCAAAGCUGUGAAGGCAACGACGAAGUGAAACAUGGCCUCUAUGGUGCGGGAAACCAAGAAGUUUGGAGACCAUAUUGAUAUUCCGUUCCAAUUGUGAACAAAAACUUUAUAUUGUAUAUAUUGUGAUAUACUUAAAUCUAUUUUAUGAUUCUUAAUAAGAGAUGUGUCGACUGUUAACCAGCCGAUCGGUGCCUACUAAGUUAUAUUUUCUACGGCACAAUGCAGCACCUCAUACCAUACUAUGUACUUAUUUCUGAAAAUUCAAGGGGCCUUAUCCCACUAUAUUUUAUUUUCUAUUUCACACAAUCUGUUCUUUCUAUAUCGCCAUUAUGCCUG